AUGGUACCAGGAUUUAGCUCAUACUACAUAGCUAAGAAAAGUACAAGUCCAGUGCUUGGAUACAACUACAGAAGCAUGGAAUACCAAAUUGAUAUAUUUUUUGCCCAGACCUGGACAGACAGCCGCCUUCGUUUCAACAGCACCAUGAAAAUACUGACUCUGAACAGCAAUAUGGUUGGCUUGAUUUGGAUACCAGAUACAAUCUUCCGAAAUUCCAAGACAGCAGAAGCUCACUGGAUCACAACACCCAACCAGCUCCUGAGAAUAUGGAAUGAUGGGAAAAUCUUGUAUACUCUAAGGCUUACCAUCAAUGCAGAAUGCCAGCUGCAGCUACAUAAUUUCCCAAUGGAUGAACAUUCUUGCCCGUUGAUAUUCUCUAGUUGUAAGUACUUGUUUCUGCACAGAACACUGUAUAUAAAGCAUGUAUAAAGUCACUGGUUUGCUUUUUAUUUCUGUCAGGUUGUUCAGGCUUUCCUUAACAGUUACUGAAAGCCAAAUUUUGCUUUGGUGUUUGCAACUCACGAGUUUUCUCUUUAGCAUUCUUGGUAGAAUGCCUCAUGAAGUACUACACAGUUAUAUUUUUAUAAGCAUCAGCUUUUUUGUUUGAUGCCAUAAUUGCAAUUUAACUGGGAGUAGAUAUUUAAAGUCCGUGUUGAGAUGAUCUAUAAAAUCAUGUAACAUAUAACUGGGAAGAUAAAUUGUAGUAUCAUUUGGAGAUGUAU